AUAUGAUUAAUAUCCCUUUGUAAUGUGAAAGCGUUGGGGAGCGGAGAAGCACAAUAGACCAACAGGGGGCAGUGUAACACCCUUACAAUAAAUAAAGAACUAGAAAUAUUACAACGAAGAACAGCUCAACCAAUCAGAUCCUCAUGUCCCAUAUUGAACGUGUACCCGUGUUGUUUUGGUCCUGGUUUCGUACAGUUUUCGUUUUUCUACAAAAAAAAAGAAUCGCACACACAUGUCGAAAUAAGGACCGAAGGAAUAACUCAAUCGAAAAUGAAACUCUCGGAUAUAAAAAAGUGCAAAGUGCCGGAACUACGAUCCAAACUCAAGGAACUCGGACUGGACCCAAAGGGGCUGAGGGCUGAACUUAUCGGGCGGUUAUGGUCCGCGCUGGAGGCAGGACUUCAGAUCAGUCUCCCAUCGAUCGAGAGCGACCGAGACAGCAGAACUAAUGCCUGCAAGGUGGAGGUCGGCCCACACAAUGACAUCCCACCAUCGCCUUUGGAAACGGAUACUCACGACAUUGAUGUCACGUCGACCUCAGCCCCCGUCUCCACCAUGACGUCCUCUUACAUCUCAUGCUCUAUCAGAGAGUACGCAGACACCGCCACGCAGACAGACACUGCCCCUCAGACAGACACUGCCCAUCAGACAAUAGACUGUAGUUCCAUGUCAACACGGCCGGUGGACCACCACGCCAUGGUCGGGGAGGGUGGGCUUUCAGCGGAGCGACCAACCCCCCUGCUCGAAGAAGACCCGGCGCAGGGUCAGACAUCACUACAUGUCCAUGACAGUGAAUUCAGAUUAGCAGAUUCGAGCCAGGUGCCUGUUUCUCGAGACGCGGAGGAGGAGGAAGAGUCCCAGAGCUGGCAUGGAGAGGAGGGACGCACCGGGAUUGCCAGAGACUCGACCCGGUGGGGAGAGAUGGGAAGGGCUUUCUACGAAUUCAAAGAGGAGAUCCGCUACAAAAGAGCCAAAUUCACACCGCCUACCUAUCAGACAGAACGAGAAGUUGUGGAAGAGGAGAACGAAAGUGUCCGAAUAGAUACGUCGGCCAGCGACCUGCACUUUGAGACUGACCCCGACGGCAGCAGCGGCCGCCCUCUGUUCCCGGAGCGGUUCCCCCUACUGUGGUCGGGCUGCAGGCUGACCCACGGCCUGCGGGGGGGCACCAGGGCCAGCUUCGAGGUGAGGCUGGAGGGGGAGGCCCACGCCCCGGCCGCUGCCCUCCCCGGCGGGCAGGCCGCAGCGGAGCCACGGCCGGACGCACUUCGCCUGAGGGUGGGCUGGGCCCCGGACACCAAGGCCUUACCGCUGGGUGAGGCUGAGCUGUCUUAUGCCUACGAUGGGCGGGGCAGAAAGGUUACCGGGGGUAGGGAGGAGGCGUUUGGCGAACCACUCUCAGACGGCGAUAUCAUUGGCUGUUACCUACUGUUUUCCGCAGACGGCGUGGCAGAGAUGUCCUUCCAUAGAAACGGGCGUCCGAUGGGCGUGGCCUUUUGUCUGGGCCCCUCGGUGCUGGGGGGCAAAACACUGUUCCCCCAUGUCCUCUGCCGGGGCUGCUCUGUCAGGUUCCGGCUGGACCCCUCUGGGGGCCCCUGGUACCCUGGUCCCCCCGGGGACACCCCCCUGGUGGCUCUGCCGGCGGCCGACAGGGUGCGGGCCCCUCCAUGCCCUCGCUCCAGAGCAGACUGUGAGGUGAUCAUGAUGGUGGGUCUGCCUGGUUCUGGGAAGAGCCACUGGGCCAGGGUCCUCAUGGACCAGCACCCGGAGAAACGCUACCAGCUGCUGGGCACAGAGACGCUCACAGCCAGCAUGAUCGGUGAGGGUCAGAGGGAGAGGCAGUUGCAGCAGGCCUCUCAGUGUUUGACCGAGCUGAUCAAGAUGGCUGCUCGCAAACCAGGAAACUACAUCCUGGACCAGCUCAACGUCUUCGUCUCGGCGCGGCGCCACAAGCUCCAGCUGUUCGCGGGCUUCCAGCGGGCGUUGGUGGCGGUGGUCGUCCCGCCCACAGAGGAGUGGAGGAGACGGCUGGCCCUGCGCCAGGCCCAGGACGGCGAGCGGAUCCCCGACACGGCCCUCCUCAAACUCAAAGUGAGCUACAGCCUGCCCGAGCCCCAGGGGGAGGGGGUCCUCCAGGAGCUGCUCUUUGUGGAGCUGCCCCAAGAGGAGGCGCGGGCACUCCUCCACACCUACAGAGAGGAGGCGCAGCGCCUGCUGCCCCCCGUCCCUCCACCACAGAAGAAAGCCCGCCUCCGGAAGAACAGAGGCUUCGGCCCGCCCCCUUCUCACGGCCACCAAUGGAAGAGGAGAUACGCGGGAAGUGAAAACGUGUUCCACCGGCAAGCCUGGGGACCACAGCCCAUAUUUUGGAACUCCAGCCAUCCAGGCCAUGGAUCUUACUACAACACAGCUGUUGGCUACAGCGGUUACCAGGGUCACUGGUAACCCCCCCCCCCCCCCAAACACACUAAGUCCACUGGAUUCACGGCAGGGAUGUUGCAAGCAGAUGGUAGCUGGUUGAGGCUGACUGAGUUUUUCGGGGUUUUAAAUCUACAGUGCGUACUUUAAUAUUUUUAAGAUUUUAAUAGUAUUGAUCCAAUGUCUUUAAGAGAUUGCCUGUGCACACUACCUGCUCUGACUUUUUUUAUUUCUAGCUUGAUUUGCAUAAAGUCAUGUGAAGGUUUUCUGUAUAGCUAUUCUAAAAACAAAUCAAUUAGUAGAUUUUUAUUCUUUAAAACAGUGCAAUUUUUAAAAUGUAUUUCAUUAGUAAGAAAUUGUACAGAUCUUUGUAUGUAAAAAGAGAAAAGCCCAAAAAGUAUUAAAACCAUAACAUUUGGCAGAUGAACAUCAUUCUUUUUCGUCGUGCUUUUGUUGGUCUGAGCUCGUCUGCUCCGGCCCGAUAGAUGCGUCAGGCCUGACGAGUUGAUAGAGCAGGACAGCUCCCUUGGCCGAAGGACAAAGCUCUGACCACAGGGGCCUGGAGCUGUCCAACUGCAACAGCUCCUGCAUUGUUACACAAGGAUAAUACAAUGAAGAAGGAGCACAUUUUAUAAAAGCAUACGGAGGGAUUCUGCAAUGGGCCAUUUUCUGUCUGUACAAAUGGUUGGCACGUUACUAUGAUCUGUGAGUGAUGAAUACGAUCCCUUACCUUUGUGCUGAGGAACACGAUGUCUGUGGACUCAUUGGCCUCCGCUCCACCUCUCCAAUACAACUCCCUCACUUCCUCUGAGGUCAAGGAACAGCUGCAGAUAAAAACAUUAUGAAAGGCCUGAUUCAAUAAAGACUCCACACCUCAAUUUAUAGUCACUCAAAAGGUCACUUGAUUAUACCAUCUGAUAAGUUGCCCAUAAGUCUUAUUCAUCAUAAGACACUUAUUUGUAUUUGUUACAUACCACUACAUGGGUUGUUUAAAUAUGUGUGCAGUGUUUUACAAAACUAUGCAUUAAAAUAACCUGAACAAAAGUAAAAGAAAAUCCAAGAGUGAAUGUCUGAUUUGCUCAUUUUUAAUUCACCUUGAUCGAUAGAUUAGUACUAUUUACUUUCCAAACAGGAGUAACGUGUGACUUUUAAUGCAAAGCGUUGGAGAUGGAUGGUAUGGGUGGUGCUAAUACAGUCCGAGUCCCAACCUGACGUAGAACUCUGCGCUGGGUCUGCCUGCGCUGGUGUGGUUCAGCGCUACGCCCAUCAACACGGGCCCUCCCAGGGAACCCAGCGGCACGUUGACCUGCCCACAGGAGAACAGGAAACACUGCCGUUGGUUCCUGCCCCAACAAGACCACCGUGUAAAGAGCCACCAAACACUGAAGUCCAACUAAAGGAACAGCAACACUUCUGGUGAAACCGUAGUAGCUCCCAUUAACCGUAUUAAUGGGAGGGUUAUGAUUUGACAACACUGACCAAUUACCACAAAUCGGAAACAAAAACAGAAUCCCUGGUGUUUGGGAGGUUUCCCUUGGUUUAUUCCUGCGGUCGCCCUUCCUUUUCAUUGGUUGAGUAGAGGCCUACUCAGUGUUCUGA